GAACUGGGACCAGCUCGCUUCCUCUUGCCUUCCCUGACUCACUGUCACCCAGAGACCCUCACACACACGUUUUCCCCCGCAACACGGCUUACCCCUUCUUGUGCUGACCAACGGCAGGAUGACGGAUCAGUCUAUGUUCGACACGGACGUAUGGACCCUAACCCGGUUUGUUAUGGAGACGGGCCGGAAGGCCAAGGGCUCGACCGGCGAGCUCACCCAGCUGAUCAACUCCAUGCUGACGGCCAUCAAAGCCAUCUCGUGCGCGGUGAGGAAGGCGGGUCUGGUUCACCUGCAAGGCAUCGCUGGCAAGACCAACGUGACGGGCGACGAGGUGAAGAAGCUGGACGUCCUGUCCAACGACCUGGUGGUCAACAUGCUCCAGUCGUCAUACAGCACCUGCCUGAUGGUCUCUGAGGAGAACAAAGACGCCAUUGUCGUUCCAGCAGACAAGCGAGGUAAAUAUGUGGUCUGCUUUGACCCGCUGGACGGCUCUUCCAACAUUGACUGCCUGGCAUCCAUUGGCACCAUUUUUGCCAUCUACAAAAGGACUUCAGAAGGGGAACCCAAUGACCAGGAUGCCUUACAGCCUGGCAACCAGAUAGUGUGUGCUGGCUACGCUCUCUAUGGCAGUGCCACUCUAGUCGCCCUGAGCACUGGGGCAGGAGUCAACUUCUUCAUGCUGGACCCGGCUGUGGGUGAGUUUGUUCUCACAGAGAGGAAUGUAAAGAUUAAGAAGAAGGGAAAGAUCUACAGUCUCAAUGAAGGCUAUGCCAAGUACUUCGACCCUGCAAUAAAUGAGUACAUCAAGGCAAAGAAAUAUCCAGAGGAUGGGGGUGCCCCAUACGGUGCCAGGUAUGUGGGCUCCAUGGUGUCAGACGUUCAUCGCACAAUUGCCUAUGGAGGCAUCUUCAUGUACCCUGCCAAUGAGAAGAGUCCCAAGGGAAAGCUGAGGCUUCUGUACGAAUGUAACCCCAUCGCCUUCCUCAUCGAGCAGGCGGGCGGCAAGGCCACCACGGGCACCCAGAGGGUCCUGGACGUCAAGCCAGAGGCCCUCCACCAGCGGGUGCCCUUCAUCGUGGGCUCCCCUGACGACGUGGAUGAGUUCCUGGCCUUCGUGAAGAAACACCAGAAGUAGAUUGUCGGUGGCCUCUGUGAACGUGACCGCGAUGCCGCCCCCCUUGGCUCCCUGGUUACCUCAGCUUGAGUUUCACUUCAGUUAAUUUUUGUCAGUGUGCCAGUAAUUCGUAUGCUAUAGGACAUUCUCUGCCUUUUUACAAGAAGACCAAAAAUAGCAAUAAAAGUCGGAAAACAA